AUCAUGAGUGUCCGGGGGCGGGUAGCUGCACAUCGAGCCAGGAAAGCCGCCCUGCUCCUUGUCAUCUUCCUCGCAGUGCAAGCGUACAUGGAGGUGGCCGCGGGUGCCACGGGGCCACAGGGCUGCCCGCCCGUGUGCUCCUGCAGUAACCAGCUGAGCAAGGUGGUGUGCACCCGUCGCGGCCUCACUCGUGUGCCUCCUGGCAUCCCUACCAACACCAGGCACCUGAACUUGAUGGAGAACGCGAUCGCGUCCGUGGAAGCCGACUCCUUCCGCCACCUCCAUCACCUGGAGGUUCUCCAGCUGGGCCGCAAUGCGAUCAGACAGAUAGAGGUAGGGGCAUUCAACGGGCUGACCAGCCUGAACACCCUGGAGCUCUUCGAUAACCGGCUAACAGUGGUUCCAAGCGGGGCCUUCGAGUACCUCUCCAAACUGAGGGAGUUGUGGCUCAGGAACAACCCCAUUGAGAGCAUCCCGUCGUACGCCUUCAACCGUGUACCCUCUCUCAUGCGUUUGGACCUGGGCGAGCUGCGAAAGCUUGAGUACAUUUCUGAUGGGGCUUUCGAAGGUCUGGUCAACCUCAAGUACCUUAACUUGGGAAUGUGCAACAUCCAAGGAGAAAUGCCUAACAUGACCCCGCUGAUAGCCCUGGAGGAGCUGGAGAUCUCUGAAAAUGUGUUCUCUGUGAUCAAGCCAAGCUCCUUCAGAGGACUGACUUCACUCAAAAAGCUCUGGAUUAUGAACUCUAACAUUGGGAUUAUUGAACGGAAUGCUUUCGAUGACCUGUCUUCUCUAGUGGACCUUAAUCUCGCCCACAACAACCUGAGUUCUCUACCCCAUGACCUCUUUUCCCCGCUGAAAUACCUGGGGGAGCUGCACCUCCACCAUAAUCCCUGGAACUGUGGCUGCGACUCAUUGUGGCUAGCAAGGUGGCUACGCGAGUACAUCCGCACAAACUCCACCUGCUGUGGCAGGUGCCAUUCCCCAGCACACAUGCGAGGCCGCCAGCUGGUGGACGUGGACCGGGGUGACACGGAUGCGAUGCAGUGUUCCGCACCCUUCAUUGCUAACGCUCCGAGAGACCUCAACAUCUCAGCGGAGCGAGUGGCGGAGUUCCGGUGUCGGACGGCAGCCAUGUCGUCGGUCCGUUGGCUUUUACCGAAUGGCACUGUACUGACACGUGCAUCCAGCCACCCACGGAUAACAGUGCUUAACGAUGGGACACUUAACUUCUCGAAUGUGCUAGUGAGUGACACGGGCAUGUACACCUGCAUGGUAUCCAACGCGGCCGGAAACUCCAACGCUUCAGCGUACCUUAACGUGAGUGCAGCCGAGCUCAACACGUCCAACCUCAGCUACUUCACCACAGUCACAGUGGAGGUACUCAGCCCGACGGCCAAGAUGACAAAAGCGAAGACGACGACAAGCUCGGCGGGUGCGAUCACAACCACCGCUUCGCCGUCAGUCUUUCAACCGGUCUUCAUCUCAACACCCACAGUAAUCAUUCAAAGCACUGGCAUACCACCAAGCCGCCCACCAGCCGUGCCAGCCUCAAAAGCGACAACGAGAAAGCCGUCCAAGCCUGCCGGUACCAGCCUGGACGACGAGAUGAAGACGACCAAGAUCAUCAUCGGCUGUUUUGUAGCUGUAACGCUGCUAGCGGCAAUCAUGCUAAUCGUGUUCUACAAACUGAGGAAAAGGCAUCAGCAAAAAAGUACAGUCGCAGCUGCUAAGACUGAAGAGAUUAUUCAGAUGGAUAAGGAGGACCUACCACCACCUGCCUCUGCUGCUAGUAUGCACGGGGAAAGAGGUGUGACCUUACCAGGCUUAAGAGACCAUAACAGCAUUCCCAAACUAGACUAUAUUCCACACCAAAUAGACUACAGCUUUCACAAAUUUGAACCAGACUGCAAAACCCACAAAACCAAAUCUGAUUUCACCAUCCACAUACCCAAACCCGGCUUCAGCACCUACAGCCCCAAUACGGAAUACAGUAUGGAGAUCCCUAAGACGGACUACACGUCACACAUGCACAAAUCAGAUUUUACCACGCAUACGACAGUAGAGUACAGCCCUCACAACCAAUCAACAGACUUCACUCACAGAUCACUGCCCGAUUAUCACAUACACAAAAAACCACCCCAGAGUUCCUACAGACCCGGAUAUACUCAUUCGCCCAACUACAAAUACCAGACCGUCAAACCACACUUCAGCCCUUUCGAAACCGAUUACAGCGUCCACAAACCAAAAAUGGACUACGCAUACACACCUGAUAGCACGUUCCACAAAGCUGCUACAAACUACAGCCCCUUGAAGAUAAAAUGCACUCCUAUUAAACCGGACUGCGGAACAUUUAAGAUGGAAUACAGCCCACUCAAAGCGGAAUACAUCAGCCACAAACUGGAUUUCAGCCCCCACAAGAGUAAAAUGGAUUACAGUCCCAAUAAGGACUACAGCCCGCGUAAGAUGGAAUUUAGCACUAUGAAGUACAACACCUACAAGCUUGGAGGACAUACGACCAAACGGACAGAAACUAACAGCAUCGGAAACUCUCUUUCCCGAACCUUGCCCAGUUCCAGCAGAGCCAUCACUGAGUCUUUUGUCUUAAAAAAACACACCAAGGAUAAAGUACAAGAGACACAAAUAUAGCCCUCAUAAACCUUGUCCUAGACACAAAGGCUUAACCCCCUCCCAAACACUCCAAGAUCUUCUCACUCGUACAAAGAAGGACUUUUUUUCUUAGUGUGCGACAACUAAGAAGUGAUUUUUGUUGUACAUGCUUAUAAAUAAAUGAAUACAUAUAUAUACAGAUAUAUGACAAAAAAAAAUAAGACUGUCAUCAAGAAGCAGCUUAUAUUAAAAAAUAAAUGAAACUAUUUUCUAACUUGUAAGUUCUAUUUAAAAAAAAAAUAGUUGUUUAAAGAUGCUGUCCUGAAUUUAAGAAUUGAGGGUAGUGUUGUUUUCAAAGGGCAUUCUGGGUGAUUUCUAAACCAUGCUAUUGAGAAUGCAGUGAAAUGAAACAUUUAUAUUGAGAAGUCUUUCUUUAUGAGGUUAAAAAAAGGCCCGUGUCAAUCUUUACAGAUUUAUCUUGUAAGCACCAUAAAUUUGUACUGUGCCAAAUGUUAU